GGCGGCAGGUGGUAGCGGUUGUAGCGGCGCGGAUUAGUGAACGACGGGUAGCGUGUCCCUGUCAUUCGCGGGUAUGCGAGCGUACGGAAUCCGCGAUGGCAUCUGGCGUUUCGAGGGUCGAGGUAUAGCUUGCCGACGGCUAAGCGCGACUUCUCGGGAGACCUUCGAGCUCGCUUCCGUGCGGAUGGAUCGAUUUGUCGCUGGCGGUUUCGAAAUGUAUCAGUUUGAAACACGUCUCUACGAGCGCUUUUGUCUACGCUAAACGGCGCUGACCCCACUGCGUUUCGCUUGCGCGUCGCUCAAAGACACUGGUAUUCCGGCGCCCUUUUUCCUUCGUACAAGUUAUAUAAAGACCAUGUCGGUGGUGAGAACAUGUGUUGUGUUGAGCCCCUUGUUGGGGGCAUGGAGUUUGGCUAGGGCUGCGGUGGCAGAGGGACGUGUCUCGCCGGGCCUGGCACUUUUGGGCCAUGUGGUACACGCCAGCUGAGUGGCGGCCAUGAGGGAGCAGCAGGACGAGGCCGGCCUGUCCCUGGGCCAGGCCCGGCGGCUCAUUGAGGUCAUCCGCAAAAUAAAGAGCCAGAAGCAGCGGCCCUCACUUGAGCGCAUCAGCCAUGCCUUGGGCCAUCGGGCAGAUCUGGUGGAGCGUCAGCUGGAGCUGGCAGUUACCAAGGGCUUUGUCCUCAAGGUAAUGAACAAGGGCCAAUGUUCGUACAAGGAUGCUGAGACAUUGAAGCUUACCACCAAGAAAAAAUGUGGGGCCACCUCAUCUGCAUCUUCGGCGGCUGGCGGCGGCCCUGGGCGAGCCCGUGCUGCAGCGGUAGCGGCUGCCGCUGCUAUUGGUGCAGGCAUCCACCGGCGUACGGACCUUAUGCACUCUGCAGUCGAGGCUGUGCGCGCCCUUGGAGAGAAAGGUGGCUCAACUUUUCGUGCCAUCGUCAAGUUUGUGCGGCAGGCACUGCGGUUGGACCCUGGAGUGCGGUUGCGGCUUGCUGUGAAGCGUGCUGUCACAGCAGGCCGCUUGGUGCGUGUAGGUCGUCUUUACCGACUACCAGGCAGUGAGAGUGAUGAGUCUGAAAGUGACUCUGAUGAUGAACUUGAUGCCAGUGGCCGUCUGGGAGUAGGCAAGAAUGGGGACAUCGCAGGAAGGACAGGCCACAAGAGGAAGUCGGCACUCCAGGGACGCUGCUCGGUUUGUCAUGGAACAUCAAGGAACAACAGAAAUGGAGUGGCUGAGGAACUUAUUUCUUGUCACUCAUGCACACUUUCAGCCCAUCCGUCCUGUCUGAAGCACACUAAGGAGCUGGCACUGGUUCUUCUAAACUCCAGCAAGUGGCAGUGUUCCCAGUGCAGGAUGUGUUCUCAUUGUGGUAACAAGAAAGAGGGGGAACACUUACUGUGUUGUGAAAUCUGUGAUUCCCAUUUUCAUCUUCGAUGCCUGAAGCCCCCCUUGCUCAAGGCACCAAAAGGGUCUUGGAAGUGUGCAUCUUGCUCAAGGAAGAGGCUGAAGAGCAUCAACUUUGUAAAUAACUUGGCAUCAAAAAUCAAGCAGAAAAACAAACGUUUUCACAAUGGCAUGAUGCGGAAACAGAAAAUUACUACACUUGAUAGGGCGACCACAGAUGGUGUGAAGGUUUGCCGCUCUAAGUUGCACAACAGGAAAGAUGUGAAGCUGGCAGCACCACUGAGAGCUAAGCGGCCUGCAAACUGUCUUGUUACUUCAAGGUCUUCCUCAAAAAAAGGAACUUCAAAAUUGACACGGAGUGCUCGUGAUACACCAUCAGAUUUGCCUCCAUCUGUCUCUGAUAAAGAUGUGAAGACGUUCAAGAAAGCACAGGAGAUAGCGUUAAAGACAAUGGGCCAGGAUAUAGUUGUACCUGACCACCAGACAAGGUGCCCCGCUGCUAUUGAGUUUGGCCAGUACGAAAUACAGACUUGGUACUCAUCGCCCUACCCCCAGGAGUAUGCCAGGCUUCCAAAGCUCUUCCUUUGCGAGUUUUGCCUGAAGUACAUGAAGAGCCGAAGCAUAUUGUCUAGGCACCUGCACAAGUGCACCUGGUUUCACCCACCUGCCACGGAGAUCUACCGAAAGGGUGAGGUAUCUGUGUUUGAGGUCGAUGGAAACGUGAGCAAGAUCUACUGCCAGAACCUCUGCUUGUUAGCCAAACUUUUCUUGGACCACAAGACCCUUUACUAUGAUGUGGAGCCCUUUCUCUUCUAUGUGCUCACCAAGAAUGAUGCGAAAGGCUGCCACCUGGUGGGAUACUUCUCUAAGGAGAAGCACUGUCAGCAGAGAUACAAUGUGUCUUGCAUCAUGACCAUGCCACAGUACCAGAGGCAGGGAUUUGGACGCUUUCUCAUUGACUUUAGCUACCUGCUGUCACGGAAGGAGGGGUUGACUGGGACACCCGAGAAACCCCUCUCUGACCUGGGCCGCAUCAGCUACAUGUCCUACUGGAAAAGCAUCCUGCUCGAGUUCCUCGAUAACUACAAAGACAGCCACAUCUCUAUUCAAUGUUUGUCCUCAUCAACUGGUCUUAAUAUUCAUGACAUUGCAACUACACUGCAGCAUCUUAACAUGUUCAAGAAAACUGGUGGUGAGAAGAGCCGCAUAGUCAUCAGCAUCGACAAACAAAUGCUCAGUGAGCAUAUGGCAAAGGUUCACUCUGGAAGGGACCGGAGAAUUAUCUUGGACCCUGAGUGUCUUCGCUGGACGCCCCUGGUCACUCAGCCACAGUUCAGGGAUGAAGAGCCUGAGGAGGAAGAGCAGCAGAAACAUCAGCAACAAAAGCAGCAACAAAAGCAGCAACAGCAGCAGCAACAGCAGCCGCAGCAGCAGCAGCGCCAGCAACGUCGCCACCCAAGAGAUACACCUGAAGUUGAGGAGGUAAAGAAGAAACGACCAAAGUUGAUGUCGCCUGCUGUUACUGCAGCUGCAGAGCAACGCACACAAAAACAGCCUGCGCCCAUGAAGAAGCCAAACCGUCGGCGUAAGAAAAGGAUACCCUGGCUAAAGAGGAAGCCAGCCAGAAGUGUGCCACGAGUACCUCAGGCAGUUGUCAACAGCAUAGAAGGGAGUGGCUCAGAGUCUGCAGAUAUUGCCCAGGAGGUGCCACGCGCUCCUGUUCGGAACCUAAGGCGCCUCUCUGAAGCAGCCAAGGCUGCUGAGCCAGAUGCCGCAAGAGAAGAACCGCCCGCUCGAAGGCUGAGGACCAAGGAGCCUGCCCAGACACCCACUACGUCUGCGGAAGCACCGCGAGCUGCAACUGAAACAGCGGCAACCCACCUCAGGAGCAUUCCUGGACACAAAGGCAUGGUGCUGCCGCCUAAAAAGUCUCGCCGUGGUGUCCGUCUCAUUGGCAUGGAGAUUCCGGAGCAAAAUGAAGCAGCGCCUGUUGUUGAACAGCUGGGGAGAACCACCAGUGAUUUGGGCACCCAGGAGGCAGCACAAGCAGCAACGAUGUCUCCAGUUCCAGCUCAGCAGCAGCUGGUGGGCGCCACAACCAGACGACGAAGCAGCCGUGUGGAGAGCCAACCUCAGCUACGGCCUCGGCGUACCCGCAGUGUGGAAGUGUCCAAAGAGGAGUCUGCACCACCUGUGCUGGCUCCAGAGGAUGCCCCACCACCCACUGUCAGAGCAGUCAAGAGCCCUGUUGCCGAAGAAGCUCCUAGGCCACCAGUGUUGGAAGCAUUUGAGAACAGCAAUUCCAAUGGACCAUCUACACGGAGGGGUACAAAGCGACUCAAGAGAAUGCUGCGAAGAGGCAGGCCUCCUAAGAAACAGUACAUUCCAGUGGAAUCUCCUAAGGCAGAAGAUGCUGUGAAUUCAGAGAACAAUGGCUUGCCCAGCAUAGUUGAUGACUCAGCUGAGGACACACACAUACCAGUCACGACUGAAGAAGAUGAACAUGUGUGUUCUCCAAAAGAAGCUCCCUCUAAGCCAUCAUCACCAAGUGAUCUUCCAGUGAAAGAGCAGGACGCCGAACCAUCUGCAGUCAUUACCACCGCAGAGACCAAUAGUGAAGAUAACCAGGAGAAGGACGAUGCCGUGGAGCAGCCCUCUGAGAAUGAUGCAUCUGGAGAGAGUGACAUUGUUAGUUGCAGUGGGAAGCCAGAGGAAACGGCAUGCAAGGAGGAAGCUGCAGUUGCUGAAGAGACUAAGCAUGAUGAUAGCAGAGCAGCGGCUGAUGAAAAGUCCUCUCCAGAAGCUCGGAGUGCUGGAAGUCCUGUGCAGCUCAUAUGUGAAGAACAAGAAGAGCCAACUGCAGUGGAAAACGUGCAGCACACUCCUGCUGUAGCAAUUGCAUCACUGCCAGAGGUGCAGCCAGAAGAGCAAAACGAUAGGGAAUUGUCAGCACCCAAGGAGCAGCAAGAGGCUGUCAUUGAAACCUGCAGUUUUCAACAGAGCCCAAAAGAAAGUGGCAGUCAUCAAGAUGUGCCAAGUGUGCCAGACUGCGUUGAGAACGAUCUUGUAGACUCUUUGGAGCCUCGGCCUCCAGUAACAUUGCUUCCAAGUGAUGCAAUAACAAAUAAUGCUUCUGUAGUAAGCACAAGCAGCCAAGAAAGUCAAGACAUUGUGGUUGACAACCCAUCACCACAGGUGCAAAUGCCUCCAACACCAAUCACUCCCCAGACUCCUGGAUCCAAUCCAGCAUCUCAACAGACCUGCCUUUCAAACCAGUCGAGCUGUGGUGUGGACGAAGGAACUCAUGCCGGCAGUUACGACUCCAUGCUGGGCCACAGCCCGGCCAGCAUGAUGGGCUGUUCGCCUCAUGACCUCUCCAUGGACGCCAGCAGCCUGAAGGCCACCCCACCCGUGGAGCCCCAUCGCUACCAGGAGCCGCGGGAGGUGACAAGGGGCCCCCGAGGGGACCCCAUGGAAACGGCGCGCAUGGAGAUGAUGCGGCCAGGCCGGCUGGCGGCCCCAUCUAAACCAGAUCUGAGCUGUCUUGGAGUAUACACUCCAGAUUCCUCUAGUAGCAGUGUUAUGUCUAGUGGUGGUUACACUCCAAUGGAUAUGGAACAAUUGCGAGAAGCUGGCCAGCUUCGUGAAGUGAACCAGCUGCGUGAUAUGAAUGCAUUGAGAGAACCUAAUCAGCUGAGGGAAGUCAGCCAGCUUAGAGAUGUCAACCACCUGCGAGAAGCAAACCAAUUAAGAGACAUCAACCAGCUGCGAGAUGUUAGCCAGUUACGCGAUGUGAACCACCUGCGUGACAUUAAUCAGUACCGUGAUAUUAAUCAGCUGCGCGAAAUGAACCAGAUGCGCGAGGUGAGCCAGGUGCGCGAGGUGAGCCAGGUGCGCGAGGUGAGCCAGGUGCGCGAGGUGAGCCAGGUGCGCGAGAUGAACCAGGUGCGCGAGAUGAACCAGGUGCGCGAGAUGAACCAGGUGCGCGAGAUGAACCAGGUGCGCGAGAUGAACCAGAUGCGCGAGAUGAACCAGGUGCGCGAGAUGAACCAGAUGCGCGAGGCAAACCAGAUGCGAGAAGUGAGCCAAAUGCGCGAGGUGAACCAGAUCAAUCAGAUCCGCGAUGUGAACCAAAUGCGCGAAGUUGGCCAAAUGCGUGAAGUUGCCCAGAUGCGCGAGGUCAACCAGCUGCGUGACAUUAACCAGCUGCGCGAAGUCAACCAGCUGCGUGAAGCCAGCCAGCUGCGCGAGAUAAGCCAGUUGCGUGAGGCAAACAGGCAUGAAGUGAACCAGCUUCGUGACAUGAACCAGCUGCGCGACAUGAAUCCCUUGCGUGAAGCCAGUCCACUAUGUGAUGUGAACCAGUUGAGGGAGAUGGGCCAGCGGCGCCUGGAUUCUCCUGCUUCAUCCCUGGUGGCUGGGGAACCUCAGGGGCCUCUCGAGCAUUUGGGCAGCCCUUUCCCCGACUGCACUCAUACAAGGCCCCCACAGGCGCACCACCGGCAGCAGCCGCAGCCUCAUCGGCAGACACCGCAGCAGAGCUACUGCCGGCCGGUGACAAGUGCGCCCCUUUCGCAGGGAGCCUUUGUGGCGGCUCAGGCAGCCGUGGCACAGGCCCAGGCACAGGCCUCAGCUGGGGUGCCAAGCAUGAUGCAGGGCAUGGUGCUUAUGCCACCGGCCUCCAACUACAUGAGCAUCUCGGGACCGGGGGGUGGCGGCCCCUCUUAUGUAAUGGGUGUGCCCGUGGGCAGUAUGAUGGCCGCUUCGGGUCCCCCACAGCGAGGUUUCUCACAUGGCUAUGCCUACGGGCCGGCCUCCAACGCCUCGUGCAGCCUCGCCAAGCUGCAGCAGCUGACCAACGGCAUCAUGGACAUAGCGCCGGGCUCUCCGGGGCAGAGUGCAGCCGCCGCCGCCGCAGCUGCCGCAGCCUGCGCCAUGACUCCUCCUGCCGCGCCGGCCGCAUCGCGGGCCUUGUCUCACGGCCAACCCUAUGGGUCCCCUACAGCGGCCCCACCAGCCGGCUCAACCAAGUACGCGCCACGUUACCAGCGCGCACCCCUGCUUUCGAGCUACCAGGGAGCGCUCAACGGCUACCGGCAGGGGACGCCUGCGGGGCCCUACUUGCAGCAGCCAGCCCCCAUGCAGAUGGUACAGCCUCAGUACCAGGAGCCCUCCCAGAACCCCAUGUACACCUAUAGCUACCUGAGUGGCAGCUUGCCUCCCCAGACUCUCAACUCCAUGAUGCGCCGCUGAAGCCCUGUAUAUAUACACCUGUGAUUUCUCUUGUCCGCUGGCCCCUUCAGUGUGCAUGUUGGCGUAGAUAUGUACAUAUGUAGAUGUUCGCUUUAGUGCUGGUUGAGUUGGCAGCUUCGGAUGGACCAACCACCUCCUCUGUGUUUCUUGAUCAAUUCCAUCGGAGGUGUGUGGCAAGGCUGGCAUUAACCUGGCAGUGAACCAGGCAUAUUGGCCAGUUUAUGUGCAGACUUGUAUUUUGCGGGUAAACAAGCUGUCCAUUUAUCAGACAACCUUGUUUUAAGACCAGCAGUGGUUACACGAUGGGGGCCCUUAACUAAAUAUGUAUGUUGCUGUCUAAGCUUGCAUUGUUUUGCACUGUAGUAUUCUUACUGGCUGUUUUCAGCCUUUCGCUUUUCUUUUUUUUUUAUCAGCUGCAGUAGCCACAUCUAGUGCUGUUUCAAUUUUUACUGCUUUGUUACUUAAGGCACGACAUUUUAGUUUUUUCUAUGUUAGUCUUGUCCAAAACGUGUCAAUACCUUCUUGGAAUGGCGCUUGGAGAAUUGUGCAUUUUCUUGUCAAUAAAGAUCGUAACACUCACACAUGCAGUUGAGCAUGUCAGUAGUUGAUUUAUCAAUACUCUGGUGGGUGAUGUCUACCUCUGGCUGGAACCACAGUGUCUCGGCAAAAUCAUGCAUUUCAGUGUUAUACCGGGCACAUAAUUAGCCAGUCAUUUUCUACUUGCUUUAGUUUAAAAUCAGGUUGCCUGAAUUUGACUUAUCACUGUUUAAUUUUUAUAAAAGCAAUCGUACUUCUUCACUUGCUAAAAGUACACCACAAGUGCCUUGUUGAUUUUUGACAAGCCUGGAUACGGACAAGUGUGUUCCAAGUUUAAUUUCAAAAGAUCAUAAAGUAUUUGCUUGCAAUAGGUGAGACAUUCUCUGUCAUCUAUACUGCAUUAAUCUGCAUGAUGUUUGUGAAAUGUGCAACACUGGCAACUUGCAUAUUCAGACAGCCUUGUGGUGUUGGAUUUAAGUGAUUAAAGAAAACUGCAGAGAACUAACCAGGAAGCUUAGUUGUGCAGGAACCAUGUUUGUAUUCGUACAGUGGUAACUUAGCACACUAUCUAAGUCGAGCACAUAAUCAUUUGUUUUACAGACCCCCUUGAGCAUGAUACCUGUAUAUAAAUAAGAGUGUGCUAGCCAUAGGGAACAGUCAGCCAAAUUGUGACAUGGCAGAUGGUUGGUCCACCUAAGGAAUGCAUGAAAAAUCUGUUCUUUGCUAGUGUAUUUUUGUAGAUUCAAAGUGUUAAUUGCUCCUCUGUGACUAUUUAUUUCGCAGCUAUCGUGACGCUCAUAGUUGGCUUGCAGUGAUCAUGUAACCGUUUUGGUUGCGUUACCUUUUAAAUAUAAUUUAAUAUUUUUAUCUAGCCCCUUUACUGCACCGUGACUGUUAUGAUGUGAAGUGUACUGGAAAUAUUAUGGAUGAGAGCAUAGAAUGUGUCGUUGUUGAAACAGGUCUAAUGGAGUGGCUGUCAUAUCUCUUUGUUUUCAGUGCAGAUUUGUUGCUCUGUGUCAUUUGCACUUCAUCUGUUCUAGGCAGGUUCUCCCCUUCACUCGGACUCUCAAAUUGAAUAUUGUUGAGUCGCCUGUUUCUUAUACCCGGGUUUUGCUGUAAUAGCACAGCUACUACAGUUCAAAUUAAUAAAAGCAAAUGAGGAAAGCAUUUUUGUUUCAAGCCA